UCCUAAAAAAUGUUUCCCUAAUGGGUCACUGUUUUAUCAAACUGCCCUUGUAUCACGCUGAAAUUAUUAGCUCUGAAUUAAUUGUAUGCAACCGGAUGCAAAGCUUAGUUGCUGUUGUUCAUGUUUGCAUGAUGUAAAUAUAUAUUUAAAUUUUUUACUGAACUUCUCUAUAAAAGCACAACAAUUCAAACUCUUUGUAUAUCUCAUAUCUUUACCGCAAAAAAAUAUUUUUUUUUAAAUAUGGGUGAAUUAAGAGAUUUGUCCGAUUUUACAUUGAACUCAAUUUGUCAGAAGCUAGAUAAUUGUCAAAGCUUGGCUUGGUUUAAUAUUAUUUACAGAAUGACUAAAUACAUAAUUGCUACCUUAUGUAUCUCUAAAUGGAGUUCAUAAUAUAUCAUGCAAUAUUUGCUAAACAAAUUGUCAAUAAUGGAGAAAAAUUAUGCUAAAGUCACGCAGUCUGAUUUAAUCUCCGCCACUGAUCAGAAGUUCGAAACGCGAUUUUGCUGUAAUCAUGUGCAAAUUGUCGUGUACUCUUCUACCACCUAUACUCCUGGCUAUUUUACUACCAAUAAAUGGUAAUUUAAAUAAACACACCACAGUGCCCGAGAAGCCGUGGAGUUUGUCAAAUAUAUUAGAAUACAACACUAUACUGUAUCCACUGACUACCGUAAGCGAUGCCGAACUAGUGGGCGCGCAAUGUCACAAGCGAUUGCAGGAGCUACGACGCGGUAUUUUGGAGCGCGCGUUUUGGGCGCUGAAAGUACUUGACGCCUCUGGCACUAAACCGCCUGCUUUCAUGCUAGGCGAUAACUUUUGGUUGGGCAGCAGUGAGCUAUGCGAGGCGGCACGCAGUGGUCUCCACUUGGACAUUUCCCACUAUGUGCCGCACAAAAUGAACAUGUCGUUGCUAACGGAGAGAGCACCAAUCGAUGUGGACUAUCGCGUUAUUUAUGCGACGCAUAACUCUUCGUAUCAAGUCGAUGUCGUGUUUGGUCAAGUGCCGUCCAUUCUGCAUAUCGGUUUAUGUGUGCCUUCCGAAUGUGACUCGAAAGAGUUAAUGCAGUUACUCAGCGCAUAUUUUGAUAGUGAGAUUUUUCGCAGCGGUGAUCUGCAUGCGCUCAAACCACAUGUGCAGAAUGUGAAGACACUGUCAUUUAAAUGGGGGGAUUUUUAUAAAAUGAUUUCAUUUAAAUUAGUCGUGUGUUUUACAAUUUUCACGGUGUUAAUGACUUGUUGCGCUUACUAUUUGAGUAGGAAACGCUUACAAAGCUCAAAUGCUCCAAAGAAACCAACCACGUUUGAAGCAUUUGUCCUUUGUUAUGAUCUCCAACUGAAUUGCUCCAAGAUACUCGCGCCGUCCGAGGCCGCGUCUAACACUUUUGCUUUCUUGAAUGGUGGACGUGUUGUGAGUGCUCUGAUUGCCACGUUUUUUCAUACUUUUAUACUGCUGAAUUCCAUUGUCAGUAAUCCGACACAGCUUUUUACUUAUACCAGUAAUAUUGGAAAUUUAGAGGUGGCCAUGGAUGUGUUUUUAUUAAUUAGUGGAUUUCUACAAACCUAUACCUUCCUACGAAAUCGAAGUCAACUUGAAAGCAUAAAACGAUUAAGCUUCAGUCGAAGCGUUUGGGAAAUACUGAAGAUGAUAUUUCAUCGUUAUCUCAGAUUGGCACCGCUCUACUAUUUUAUGAUAAGCAUGACCUACAUAACGCUGCAGUUUAUCGGCAACACGACCGUGUUUCAUGCAUCGGGUUUUAUGGCGGAAAACUGCGAACAUUACUGGUGGCGUAAUGCACUCUUCAUACACAAUUUAUACGAUUACAAAGUGAUGUGCUUGAUAUGGACCUGGUACUUGUCAUGCGAAAUGCAAUACGCAAUCACUUUGAUAGUGCUCUUGGUUGUUUAUGCUAAACACCCCAAAUUCGUGAAGUUAACUGUAUUACUACUAUUACUAGCAUCUCUAUUGUACCAGGCUGUCGUGGGCUUACAUCUAAAUUAUCGGAUUUCACUGGAGACCACAUUCACACACUUCACCCAGCUCUAUACGAAUCCACUUGUGCGCAGUUUUCCAUACCUCUGUGGUGCGCUUACAUGUUGGCUCUAUCUCGAAUAUUAUACUCAAAUUCGUUCUUCAAAAUUGUUAAAAAAUUUCUACUGUCACCUAAUUUUUUUAUUACUUCUGAUCUGUACAGAACCCGCUCCAUUGGGGCGUGGCUAUACAGUACGUGUAGAGACUUUCAUAUUUGUACUCCAACGUUGUUGCUAUACCCUGAGCGGCUGUUGGUCCAUACUCGCAAUGGCGAAUAAUCGCAUCUCUUGGUGUGUUCACUUAUUUAGUGCGAAAAUCUUCCAGAAAGCUAUUCAUGUAUCCUAUGCCCUGUCGCUGUUGAAUCCGUUGCUCAUACUUGGCAUUUUCAGUGCGGGUAGCAAGUUGGUGUUUGUUGAACCGAUCAGAAUCGUUGUGUUAUACAUCGGACUUCUUAUUAUUUUGUAUAUAUUAUCAUUCCCAUUGACUCUAUUUUUCGAAAUGCCUUAUCGUAAUAUUUCCAGUAUACUGAUAAAGCGAGGUGAAGUAAGGCGAACAAAGUUUUCAUGAAAUAAAAAGUUUAAUGGUAUUAUCUACAAAUUAUAACAAAAAAUA